UACACGCAAUCCUGCUGAGCCAGGGACUCUGCUGCGAAUUGCGGACUCCUGACUCCUGGCUCCUGGCUCCUGGCUCGUUGUCCGUGCUCCAUACUCCUGGCACGCAAGUGGCCAAAAAAAUUUUUGCUAACCACUUGCGCUGGGCUGUUUUUCGCUGGCUUUCUCCGGACCGCCGAAGCCCAUUCAGUUUAAAUUUAACUCGCGGCGGGCCAAGUACACGAAAAUCGAGCAAAGAGCCCAGUCGAGCGGCGAAAAUAAGAAAGAACUCCGCUCUGUUCUGAAUGUGCUGCACAAAUAUUGGUUGUUGUCCCCGUCAUUAAAAGCGCAUUUUGUUUUGCCAGCUAAUUACGAAAAAGUGAAGGACGGUGAAUGAUGGGGAAUACCCCGCUGAGCGAAAAGAUGAUGUAUUAAUUUCAAGUGACACACAAAAAAAAAAACACCCGAGCACGACAUUGCCCCAAAGUCAAUUCCCCAUUUGGGCUCCAUGUUGAAACCGGGCGACAACGAGGUGGGUGUUGUUCUAACUGAGACAUCAGGAGUCUACGCAGAGUGCCCGGAUCCGGUGCCACAGGAGAUACCGGAGCCCACGGAGAGCCGCUUCAGCCGGCUGACCGUCAUUACCAUCGUGGUCGUUGCCGCAAUUCGCGCCAUGAGUCGUCUGAGGCGUGAAAGCAGCCGUCAAAGCGUCAUCACCGUCGAGCUGAUACAGUUCAUAAUUCAGUAUCGUGCCAAGGAGACGCAGGAGAAGAAGAAAAGGUGCAGUCCCAGUGUGUGUUCAGUUUCUAAAUACUAUUUCAAAAAAUCAAAGAGAAAGCAAAGAAAAACCAUGUUUUGUGUCUCUGAAAUGCAGCAUGCCCUGCUAUCCGAAUGGUAUUAAUUACAAUAUAAUUCUUUACAAACUAAAAUAAACCAAGUGUAGAAUAAAGCCAAGCUUGGUUGGCCAAAUAAACAUCCCAAACCGCAACAAUAUAUAUACUCUCUGGCACUGGCUAGGAAAUGCACACAAAAUAAAUUCACAUGACAAAUGGUAGCCACAGUUUAUGGGGAGUGUGUGUUAUGUAAGGACAAUGGUGACACUGGGGUGGGGAAAAAGAGUCCUGUUUUUGGUAGUGUUGGAAGGACAUUUUUUGACCAGGAAGUUGAGGGCAAAAUGAGAGGGAUGACAAGAGUUUUUUACUUCAUUUUCAAGUACAUUUCUCUUUAUUAAUAAACCAAAAAUGUUUGUU